AUGCCCUCGCUGCAUCCCUUCUCUUGGCCAGACCCGAGCUCUGCCGUAACGCAUCCUCUCCCUUUCUCUCCCUCUCCUGGCCUGCAGGAUUCCUACAGAAAGCAAGUCGUCAUCGACGGAGAGACCUGCUUGUUAGACAUCUUGGAUACGGCAGGGCAAGAGGAGUACAGUGCCAUGAGAGACCAGUACAUGAGAACGGGGGAAGGAUUCCUCUGCGUCUUUGCCAUCAACAACACCAAGUCCUUUGAAGAUAUUCACCAGUACAGGGAGCAGAUCAAGAGGGUGAAAGACUCAGAUGAUGUUCCCAUGGUGCUGGUGGGAAAUAAAUGUGACCUACCAGCACGGACAGUGGAGACCCGGCAAGCGCAGGACCUGGCCCGGAGCUACGGGAUCCCCUACAUAGAAACAUCUGCCAAAACCAGACAGGGCGUUGAAGAUGCCUUCUACACCUUGGUGCGGGAGAUCCGUCAGCACAAGCUGCGCAAGCUGAAUCCCCCCGAUGAGAGCGGCCCAGGCUGCAUGAACUGUAAAUGUGUGAUAUCGUGACUACGGUG